AUGACAACUGUAGGAGUAGACGUUUUUAAGCCGGCACGAGUAGACGCGCUGUGGUACAACAGCUACAACUACCAGUACCCGAGUUUCAAACAGAAGCAGCUGUGCGACUGCUUCGACUGUUACAGAAGCAAACCACUACCGGCAUUUAGGAGGUCCAGCGUGGAGAGAAUGAGGCAGGAGUGUCUCUGUUACAAGGACCGGAUAGCGGGUGUUCCAGAGAGAAUUCGGAGAGAAGCAACCAUCUUACCCUGGCCGGCAUCCAGCGGUCAAGAAUCAGGAAAUGAAGCCGUGGUCGCGCCGCUAGCUGUACCCGCUCGGCCGCCUACCGACUUCCUCGUCCGGCCUCGCAUCAGCCCCAAAGAAUACAGGAGAUGGCGCUUCGAGACUACCCCGGUGAUGUCAUCACAGACCCGUGAGGAAUGGAACCAGUUCUUAAGCAGGUGCCCAGAGCGAUUUGACAUUCAGCUGCCUCUAGCUGUACCUGGGGACGGAAUUCAGCCCUACUAUGACGGCGGAUAUUGUCUCCGAUUCCUGCGGCCGCACAUCACUAAAGGGCUGGGAAUGCAAAGCUGCAGUGAACGGAUCAUUGGAGAAAGUCAGGGCCCGGCAACCGACAGUCCUUACAGAAAUAUCACGGUUAUCACCCCUGCUGCUAGUUACGGCUAA